AGGUAGACUUUGCCCUAAAGGGGAAGUAACAGUACAGGAAGAGAAGCAGGACAGAUUCCCGGCUGUCACAGCAGAGUUUUGUGCCUCAAUUUCUGAAAAGAUCUGCCAACUUUUGGUAUGAAUCAGACUAAUGCCAAUGAAAAUGGGGGUUAUGGACCUCGACCCCCUCCAUACAAUUAUCAACAAUAUGGACAAAGUGCUUACACAGGGACGAGCUAUGAGGUGAACCGGGUAGGGGAGGGGAACAUUGCAGUGAUCUCCCCUCCUGGCAACUGGCAUAAUAACAUGGCCCAUUCUGAGGACAUGGAAGCAGCUAGGGGAAACCAGCAUUCUGGUGAAAGUCCACCUGACUACCCUGAUGGUGGCUCAGUGGAUAGCCCCUUCAGUGACGCUGGCAUACGAAGAGGUUUCAUCAGAAAAGUCUACCUGACCUUGAUGAUUCAGCUGUUGGUGACUGUCGGGAUCAUAUGCGCUUUUCUUUUCUGGGACACUCUCAGGAUAUGGACAUGGAGAAACAACUGGUUUUCAUACUCCAUGAUGGGAGUGGUACUGGUGCUCGUCUUGGUCCUGUCUUGCUGCAACGACGUCCGUCGUCGAGUCCCUUUCAAUUUCAUCGCCCUGGGCCUCUUUACUAUUGCAGAGGGUCUGAUGCUUGGCUCUGUGGCAGCGUACUUUUAUACUGAAGCAGUUCUGUGGGCUGUGGCGGCAACAGCGCUCGUGUCCCUCUCCUUGACUCUGUUUGCCGUGCAGUCAAAGUGGGACUUCACCGCAAGAAGUGGAAGCCUGUGGGUGUUUGCCUGGACUCUCGUUUCGUUUGCAUUGCUUUGUGCAAUCCUCCGAUCGCAGUACCUUUCCAUCCUGUACGCCUGCUUGGCAACAUUGCUGUUUUCUUUAUAUUUGGUGUGUGAUACCCAGCUUAUCCUGGGUGGGAAACACAACUAUGCAAUCUCUCCCGAGGAGUAUGUGUUUGCUGCUCUCAACCUCUAUUUGGACAUUGUCUCCCUGUUCCUCCUCCUGCUGAAUCUCAUCUCGCUCUGCCGCUAACAUUGAACCUCCACGACAGGCCCUCGAGAAACAUGAAACUCCUCCAACACACAAUAUUAAACUGUUUAGUGCACCAUAUAUCUAUAUUCACAGUACACUGUUUAGUCCUUCCGACAUCUGCUGUCAUAUUUAAAGCAACAUCGUGUCACUUUCUUACUGUAAAAAACUGAUUUAAAAUCAUUUUGAUGCCAUACCAGUCCCGCAUCGCAGCACUGCCAAUUUACAUACAAACACACAAGAAACUGAAUAGCUUUGUCUUUGACAUUUUAUUUUAUUUUUACAA